GCGCAGCCUCCAGACGCACGGGAGCAAGGAGUAACCUACUAGUUCUGCCGCAGAAACAAACCUAGAGCAGCGGAAAGCUCCCCUGUGUGUCUUUUUUAAAAAGAUCCUCCUGCCUCCCACCAUCCGAGCCCCCGGCUCCCCCCCUCUACGAUGUCUACAGUCAACACGCUGCCAUUGCAUCAAGGUGAUAUUACCUCAACGCGAGGUGGUAGCAGCAUGGCCCCAAACACAAAACAGGCCGUGGCAGAGUGCAUCUCGGACGAUGCCCUGAUCCAUUUGAAGUCGUACAAAUACUCGAGCGUCGAUAAAUCACCAGUGUCGAAAUACAUACUUGGUCCUUGGUGGAAUGCCUUUGUCGAAGUAUUACCGCUAUGGAUUGCGCCGAAUAUGGUCACCCUUCUGGGAUUCUUCUUUAUUCUUUUCAACGUCGCCUUAGUGGUCAUCUAUAUGCCUGAUCUAGUGGGACCAGGACCGUCAUGGCUGUACUUUAGUUUUGCGUUUGGUCUUUUCAUGUACCAGACGAUGGAUAACGUCGACGGAAAGCAGGCGAGAAGGACCGGCACUUCGAGCGGUUUGGGCGAGCUCUUCGACCAUGGCAUCGAUUCGCUCAACUGCACUCUCGCGAGUUUACUCGAGACGGCCGCUAUGGGACUGGGUACCUCGCCCUCUGGUGUCUUCACAGCUCUUAUCCCGUGUCUUCCCAUGUUCUUUUCAACGUGGGAGACUUACCACACGCAUACGCUCUACCUUGGCGUCAUCAACGGCCCAACGGAAGGCCUCCUCAUUGCCUGCGGCAUCAUGAUCAUCUCCGGAAUUUACGGACCCGACGUUUUCACGAAGCCACUCGCACAUAUCUGGGGCGAUCACUUGGAGGGAGUGGCCCAUCUCAUCGGAGACGUCUCCUUCCGGGAUAUCUGGGUUGGCAUGAUCAUCUUCCUGCUGGUCACCACUCACAUCCCCUUUUGCGUCUUGAACGUAGCCCGUGCGCGCCAGGCGAAGAACCUCCCCGUUCUUCCCGUAUUCUUCGAGUGGAUUCCAAUGGCCGUCUUCACCGUCUGCACUGGCGCCUGGGUCUUUUCUCCUUACAGCUCCCUCAUGAACGACAACCACCUCGUUCUCUUUUGUUGCACAAUGUCCCUCGUUUUUGGACGACUGACCACCAAAAUCAUCCUUGCACACUUGACUCGUCAACCAUUCCCGUACUGGACUGUCAUGUUGACCCCGCUGGUUGGAGGUGCCGUUCUCGGAAACCUUCCUCGAAUUGGCUUCCCUCAGAUUAGCCCUCAACUGGAGUUAUUCUACAUGUGGGGAUACUUCGUCUUCGCAGUGGUGGUCUAUUUCCGCUGGGCCUACCUGGUGAUCACCAGCAUCUGCGACUUCUUGGGCAUCAACGCUCUCACCAUUCCAAAGGAGAAGCAGCUGGCCAACAAGCUGGCCGCCAGAGCCGCCACCAAGCUGCACUGAAAGACGAUUAUCAUUGACUUUUGCCUUUUGAAAUUAUAGGCUCUUUCUUCUUUUCUUUCCUCAUUUUCUGUUUUCUAUACUUUUCAAUUCUUAUUCCCUAAACACAGAUGAUGCCCUUAUGAAACCAAGUUAGAGAUGUUGAUGCAGGAUAGGAUUUCAACACCCAGCAAGCAAUAUAAAAAACGGACGAUUGGACGAGAUUUCAACCACCUAGAAGAUAUGGUUUGGGGCAACUAUAAAGAAACACAACGAAGAAGGGGAAGUGCAGCUUUUAUAUGAGCGACCUGAUACUAUGGCACGCAUGGCAGACCGGCGUUGGAUUGAUGCUUUUGCGCUUCUAUUAUGAAACAUGGUCCGGCCUUUGAUGACUCUGGGCCACAAGGAUGAAUGAUUUGUACUAUUUUUCCCCCGUCAUUUUUUCUCUUUCUAUUCCUAUUAAUAUCGGGACUCUAUAGAUUCAACCUCAUGCUUAACAGUCAGUAUUAUGUCUAAUAAUAUUUGAGAAAUCUACGCAAGGCUCUCGAGAGGCAUUGUUGGAGGUUCGCUUGGAAUGCAUUUGAAUGACUUGAAACAUAGAAACAGCAAUAUCACUGCCUGAAUAGAAGAGAAUUAAGACUCUC